AUCUAUAUAUUUUUAUAUAUCAAAGUUAGCUAGCCAACAAAUUAAUAUGCACCAUUCUGAUCACACUCAAGCACCUUCUCAUUAUUUCACCGCACAAAAACAAACCCACUGAAGAGCAAACAAACAAGAGACACACCUUCCUCGUACCCAACACACUUCCCCCUGCAAUUUCCAAACCAUUCUCAACCCAUAAACCGUCAAUGGCUCCUUCCAAAACUAACCCACCACCACCGCCGGACCACCAUUUUUACACCCCUCUACCACCUCAUCCACCGCAAAACCAGAACUUCACCAUUCUCUCAUACUUUUACUCCCCCACUUCAGGGCCUAACUGGCGCAUAAUCGUCACUCUUUCGCUUCUUCUCCUCGCUGCUCUGGUUUACAUCUUUUGGCCAUCCGAUCCCAUCGUCAAGGUCGAAAGACUUCACUUAACACACAUUCAAGUCCACACAAAACCCUGCAUAUGCCUCGACAUAUCCAUGAAUGUCACUUUGAAGGUUCACAAUGUAGAUGUUUAUUCAAUGGACUACAAGACCCUGGACGUUGCGGUUGGGUAUAGAGGGAAGAGGCUGGGGCACGUGAAGUCGCACCAUGGUCACGUGAGAGCACUUGGGUCGUCCUAUGUUGAAGCUGAGCUGGAGCUUGAAUGUGUGAAAGUGUUAUCUGAUGUUGUGUUUUUGCUGGAGGACUUGGCCAGAGGUGCGGUGCCCAUUGAUACUGUUACUGAAUUUUCUGGUCACCUGGGGAUCUUCUUCUUUGGGUUUCCAUUGAAGCAGACAAAAGUAUCAUGCGAGGUUGUGGUAAAUACAACCAGUCAGACCAUUGCUCGCCAGAACUGCUACACUGAGUGAUGAAUGACAGCAUUCAAAAGCUGCAGCAGAGCUGAAAGAUUCAGAGUUGUCCUUGGCCUUGUUAUGUGUACAAAAUUGUAUCAGGUUUGGGAAUUAAUGUUAAAUAUGAAAAUAUAAGGCAUGUAAUAAUAUUCUAAUAGCAUAUGUCUAGUUUGUGACAGUGGAGAACAUAAUAUUGAGUAAUAUAUAUUUUUGUAAUCAUCA